AUGGCCGGCGAAGGAAUGGUGGAGCACGCGCCGCCGCGGUGGCCGAACGUGAACGUGCCACCGGGGUACCGCUUCAAGCCGACGCCGCGGGAGCUGAUCCAGUGCUACCUCGAGCCCUGGGUGGCGACGGAGCCGGGGCACCAGUCGCCCGGCGAGUUCUACGGCAUCAUGGCGGCGGCGGACGUGUACGGCGAGGACCCCCGCACGCUGGCGUCGCGGUUCCAGCACAUCGCCCACGACGACGGCAACUGGUACUUCCUCUCCGUCGCCCGCUGGAAGGACGGCAACGCCAGCAGCAAGCGGAUGAACCGCGCCGUCGGGGCACUCGGCACGUGGCAUGGGUCCGGCAAGCGGAUCCCCGUCCGCGGCGUCGGGUAUCGCCAGUCCUUCGAGUUCCGGCCCGCCGGCGGCGGCAAGGCCACGUGGCUCAUGGAGGAGUUCGGCACCGUCUGGAACGACGCCACCGCUGAGGACGGCAUCAGGGUGCUCUGCAGGCUGCACCUCAGACCCAAGGCGACGGUGGCGGUGGCGGCGGCGGCGGCGGACGGCGACGAGCUCCAGCAGCAGCUCGAGGCCAACGACGUGCCGGCCCCGUGCAACAAGAGGCAGCGGGAGCGCGUGCCGCCGCGCCAGCAGGAGGAACACCACUUCGACGCGGAUUACUGGACGGCGGCGCCCGACGUCCGCGGGUUCUCCUCCUCCUAUGCCACCACCACCGCUGCUCCGGCGCCGGCGCCUCCGGACGUCGGGUGCUCCUAUGCCACCACGUCGUCCCAGACUGCUGCGGCUGUGCCGGUGACCGAGCUGACAGCGGAAGCGUUGGCCGCCGCUUGGCAACACCAACCCAUGAUGGAACAACAGGCAGGCGACGGGGGUUACCAAUACCAAUGCGCCGGCGGCGUCCAUGGCGGCGUAUACAUCAGGGCCGACGACGACGAGCCACAGCCAUUGGAGGUGGUUGUAGAAGACGUGGAGUUUACCGCGCAAGAAUUGAAGCUGGAAGACUCUGACUAUGUGUUCACCGCGGAGCAUUUGCUGCAGCUGGACGUGGACGAUGGAUGGAUCAUGGAUGGUAAUAGCAACGCCUUCUCGUUUCUACAGACCAUGUGUGAUGGUGUGCAGGAGAACAGCGAUCCGAAACCAGAGCCCAGCGACGGUGUGCAAGAGAACAACAACGACGAUGAUCCGAAAGGCGACACUGACGCAAGCUGA